AUGUCGUCAAGUGUUCGAAACGUUGUCCCAUUCCCAUCCCUUCAAGUUCACAUCCAGUGUUCCAUCUCUUACGACCAUUGUCUCUCCUGUACCGAUCCAAACCAUCAACUGUUCGGUUCCGAAGUCGUUCAUCCUCGUGUCGCCCAUAUUCGUUGGUCCAUCAUCCGUCAUCGUCACUCGUCGGUCUCGGUCAUCGGUCGCAUUCGUCGAUCUCAGUCGUCGGGUACAUUCGUCGAGUUUAGUCGUCGGGAGUCACCGCCAGUGUCAGUCGUCGAUCAGUCCAAAUGUAAUUUCGGUCGUCACAAUGGAAGAUACAUGUCGUCGAGCCGAGCUGCCGUCUGUGAAAUGUCCAUGUCAGAUCCCGAUAACCGUUAA